GUCGACGCGGCUGGAGCGGUCGCCUCGCGUGCAGUCCACCUGCACUGCCGGCGGCGCCCGGGGCCAGGCCCUCGCGGGGGAGCGCACAGGCCUAAGCCCCCACUCCCGCUUUCCUUCCCUUCUCGUUUCUUCCCAGACUGUUUCCCUUCACGCCCCGGGUCUCCGCCUCACCGAAUAUGGCGGUCCCUCUAAGGGAAGGAACAGAAACAGCGGAAGGUUGCCCUCGGUUAAGAUGGUGCGGGUGGCGUCAGCGCCGCGGGCCUGCGGGCAAGGCCGGCCCUGCAGGCGCCUGGGCAGCGUCGGGAGUUCCUCUGGGGCGCUCGGGCCGCGCGGUGCAUUGUGGGGUGGCGGCGGCCGAGCACCGGGUGCGUCGCGUUCGGAAGGCCGGGGCCAUGGCUUCCUGGGCCACUCCUUCGCCCAGCAUCGUAGAGUAUUUUGAGGGCGAGGACUCCUACCUCUGCGGCUACUGCAAGAACGAGACGGGCAGUCGUUCCAAUGGCAUGUGGGCGCAUUCCAUGACCGCACAGGACUAUCAGGAUCUUAUAGACCGAGGAUGGCGAAGAAGUGGGAAAUAUGUGUACAAACCUGUUAUGAAUCAAACAUGUUGUCCUCAGUACACAAUAAGGUGCCGACCUUUACAGUUUCAGCUAUCAAAAUCUCAUAAGAAGGUUUUGAAAAAAAUGUUGAAAUUUCUGGCUAAAGGGGAAAUUUCCAAAGGAAAUUAUGAGGAUGAACCCAUGGAGCCUACCAUGGAGGACGCCGUGUCGGGUGACUUUGCAUUAAUAAAUAAGUUGGAUAUACAGUGUGACCUUAAAACACUCAGUGAUGACCUCAAAGAGAGCUUAGAGAGUGAAGAGAAGGGAAGAAGCUCAAAGAAAGAAGACUCUCACGAAUUAAUUCAGCCACAAGGCACAGAGAAGUUGGGCUCUGAUGAACCAUCACAUUCUGUUAAAGUGCACACGGUUCCUAAGCCAGGCAAAGGAGCAGAUCUGAGUAAGCCUCCAUGUCGAAAAGCAAAGGAAAUCCGGAAAGAAAGGAAAAGGUUGAAACUCAUGCGGCAGAACCCAGCUGGAGGACUUGAGGGUCUCCAGGCUCCAGGUGGACCACCAUCUGUGUUCCCACCAAAGGCCAAACACAGCCAGGCCCCAUCACUGGAAGAUUUCAUUGUUGGCUCUUUGCCAGACAGUGGAUCACACAAGUUAGAGGUGAGGGUGGUGAGAUCAUCUCCACCAAGUUCUCAGUUCAAAGCCACAUUUCAGGAGUCUUACCAGGUCUAUAAACGUUACCAGAUGGUUAUUCACAAGGACCCACCUGAUAAACCAACUGUGAGCCAGUUCACAAGAUUUCUUUGCAGCUCACCUUUGGAGGCAGAAAAUCCCCCUAAUGGACCAGACUGUGGCUAUGGCUCCUUUCACCAGCAGUAUUGGCUUGAUGGAAAGAUCAUAGCUGUGGGGGUGAUUGACAUCCUUCCAUACUGUGUGUCAUCUGUGUAUUUGUACUAUGAUCCUGAUUAUUCAUUUCUGUCUUUGGGUGUCUACUCUGCACUACGAGAAAUUGCUUUUACUAGGCAACUUCAUGAGAAAACAUCUCAACUCAGCUAUUAUUAUAUGGGUUUCUACAUUCAUUCAUGCCCCAAGAUGAAAUAUAAGGGCCAGUAUAGACCCUCUGAUUUGUUGUGUCCUGAGACAUAUGUUUGGGUACCCAUUGAGCAGUGCCUGCCUUCACUUGAGAACUCAAAGUACUGCCGUUUCAACCAGGACCCAGAAGCAGUGGAUGAAGGUCGCAGUAAGGAACCUGACCGGUUGCAGGUGUUCCAUAAGAAAGCCAUCGUGCCUUACGGUGUUUACAAGACACAGCAGAAGGACCCCAGCGAGGAGGCCACCGUGCUGCAGUACGCGAGCCUGGUGGGGCAGGCGUGCUCCGAGCGGAUGCUGCUAUUCAGAAACUGAAGGGGCGCGGGCCGCCGCGCUGCCCACCCCUCCUGUGCUGUGCUGACCGGAAGGGCCACGGCGCUUCAUUACCCGGGGAAUUCCAUGCCGUCCACAAAUUAGACUGCUUUAUUUUUACUAUUGUAUGGCUUUUCUGAAAUGUUUUGUGGCAAUGUAUUUGUAAAGAUUUUAAAACUAUGUUAUGACCUAGCCUCAUAAUUGGGAUUUAUCAUUUGGAAGCUUGUUUUAUGAAUAAGAUGGUAAACUUCUCUUGUUAAUAUUUUGGGAAGUUAAAUUUUUAAGUGAAUCUUAAGUGAUUUACAUCAAAGUUUUGCUUUUCUGUUAGAGAAAUUAAAACAGACUGUUUUCCUCUGAUCCAUUUUAAACAUUAGUUUAUGCUAAAAAACUUUCUGUGCGGGGAAGCAGGUGGGCAGCUUGUUUCAUCACUUAGAAAAUGUCUUCUCAAGAGAACAAAACUGCUUUUACUCACUGUUCAAUAUUAAAUUACUGCUGAAUAUUAUGUAGUUUAAUAGGAGAUUCAAAAAAAGAAAAUACAAACAUUAAAAAAGGAUGUUAUGGUAACAUUGGAGGUCUGUUUAACCGGGAUAGUCCUAUCCAUGGCUGUCAUCUUGGCGUGAUUAUUUUUCCUAGAAAAAUUACUACAGAUGCUUCCCUUUACUCUCAAAAGUAUCCCACUUUGUACAAUAAAAUAUAUGAUUACCCUAGUUAUAUAUUUGCUCUAUUUCUAAAAAUCUGAGGAGAUUUUUUAGAAAAAUGUUAGUUCCUUCCUUGACCUAAGCCCCACCAAAUGUAAAUGCACACCAAUUUUUCAUUCCACAGUUGGUUAUUGAUUAAAAGUUAGUAACAUCUGACUAUUUUUAAAGCUAUGCUACAAAUCAUAUCUAAUGAAAUAGGAAUCAUUUUAACUUCUUUUCAAGGGCAAGAGGUGAAACGAUCCAUUUCCUGCCCUUUGGUUUGGGAGUCAGGAGGUGCUAGGUUUAGUCAUUUGAAGUGGAAGCCAGCUCCUUCUUUCCCUGUCUCUUGCUUUUGUUUGUUCGCUCACCUGUCCAGCAGAUGUCCCACGGUCAAGGUGGCAGGCACUGUUCUGGGAGGAGGAGAAGCGACAUGGCUGUUGGUAGUUGCGGUUGAGAGCGUUGGGGACAGUGUGCAGGACAGAGGAGGAUGUGCUUUCUCAGCGGGUCCCCAUCUGCUGCUGCCAGCUACUUGGCUACUGAGUCCUCUGCAGUCCCCAUUUUGCCCUUUUAUCAGUUUUCCAUUGGUUGAUGUUUUUAUAAACCAUAGUAUAAAACAGUAACUUGAAUCCCACUACUGAUUUUAAACUUUUCUCUUAAAUGCACUGAAAAUAGAUAAAACAUUAGAAAAUAACUUCAACUAGCUAGAAUACAAGGAAUAAUUUUAAAAUAUCAGAUGUCUAGAAAUUCAACAUCCAAAUAAACAGUGUAUUUAUUCAUUCAGAGGGUGUGUGUGUGUGUGUGUGUGUGUGUGUGUGACACCUGCCAUGUGCUGGCACUUUGCCUGAGGAUAGAGUAGUGAGCAAAACCAUUUUCUUCAAUCACAUGGAGAAAUUGCAUUCUUCUGUAAUUUUGUCUUUCAAAAUAGUCUCCCAUGAACAUUUUGAUAGACUUUUAUUUGGACUCUCCCUCAGAAUCUAUAGAAAUUUUUUUCUUUGUCUCUCUAAAUGGAGGUAGUGUAAUUAUUUUAUGAUUACAAAAAUGAUAAGCAAUUAAAACUUAAAAAGUAUAAAUAAGAAAGCAAAGACGAUUUGAAAUCCUACCAUACCAGAGAAAGAAUUGUUAUAUAUAAAUAUAUAUGCGCACAUGUAUAUAAUUUUGAUAUAAAUAGAAUUAUAUGUCCUACAUACUGUUUUGUUUCCUCAUCCCGAAGUUAUGGACAUACCUGAGUUUCAAAAACAAUUUCAAAAUCUCAGUCAGGUAGAGUCCGUAUUUGAUACCCUUGGCACUGAAUGCCUGUGUUGGUAUUGGCUGCAUUAUCCCCUUUUUCAUCUUAGUGAUUAGCAUGUAGAAUGGUAUUCAGAAAGAUCACAAGAUGAAGAGAAACUUUAAUCUUAAAUCUUACCACAUCUCUGUUUUCUUCCUGCAGAAUUAAGUUUAGGGCUCCUUCAGAAGAAGACGAACAGUUACCCCUAUCUGGGAACCAUGGGGCUGGCUCUGAGGGUGGCAUUCUGGGUUGGCUUCAGUGACUCUCCAGAGACAUCUGGGCAUGAAGAGUCUUUUGCCUGGUUGCUAUAUUCGUGCACUGUUCAUUCAGGAAUAGUCACCAUGUAGAGCCUAAUGGGCAGAGUGUCUCAAAAGGGACUUCUUUGUUUUUCUUGAGCCCUAGCUGAGUGAAUAUUGACUGUGGGCUAGAAAAGGACAGUUAAGGAAAAUGACCCAGCUUUGUCAGUUACAAGCAGUCUGUCUGAGAAGUCUGAUUUUGUGUUAGGGCUUUCAUCUAAAGAAAGACACAUGAGAACCUUUCAGAGACAGUUUAUAUCUUUUCAAGCCUGGAAGCUGUGCAUUUGCAGUCCUAGUGUUGUAGUCCUCUGAUUUCAGGUGAAUUCACACCUACCUUCCUGUCUAGGGAGAAAAAAAUGUAAUAUGUAAUAGUCCCCAUGCUAUCAUCUUUAUUUAAAUUAUUUCAGUCCUGUGAGAUUUUUGUUAUCUUUUUUUUAAAUGUAAUCUGAGCACUUUUUUCUAAAAGAUAGAGGAUAUUAUCAGAUAAAUAUAUUAUUUGAUCAAAAUUAUUUAGGUAAGAAAUUAUUACUGUUUAUGUUUGCUUUCAAAUGACUUGUCCUUUUUAUUCAUUUUGCAAAAUAUCACGUGUGUGCUUAAUACACUGGAAUCUUAAGUAAAUGAACAUUUUUGGAUUUCUGAACAGUAUAUGGUUUGAUUUUAUAUGCCUUAUAUUUCAGGGUGAAUAAAGAUGAGAAAGAAUAUAAUGACCUGUUACCUGAAAUGUAUCUGUUGUUACUAACUUUAAAAAAACAAAGGAAAUGAAACAGGAAUAAUUGGGAAAUAGUAGAAAUUAUUCAAAUGUGUAUUCUUUUCCAAAAGAAAACCAAUGAUUGUAAGGCAAAACAAGUUUGAUUGCAUGUGAUAUUUUUUUGUUCUUGUAUAUGCUUUUGAACAGUCCAUUUGAUAAAACUUGAAUGGAAAAAAAAUAAAGCUGUUUCUAUCGCAUUGGCUCUUGCCGGUCAAUAUUUGAAA